CAAACCACUGAUGGAAAAAGGAAUUUGAGGCGCGAGUCAAACACGUCCAAAGGCGUAUUCGGGCGCUUCCUCUGGGCAAUGCUGAAAAAACGAACUAAGGAAACUUGAGAAUGAAAUAGAGAAUAAUGGCGGAUUGUGACCAUGGCCGCUGAGUCUGAUGUUCUACACUUCCAGUUUGAACAGCAAGGAGAUGUGGUCUUACAGAAGAUGAAUCUUUUGAGACAGCAGAAUUUGUUUUGUGAUGUAUCAAUUUACAUUAAUGACACCGAGUUCCAGGGGCACAAGGUGAUUUUGGCUGCAUGCUCCACUUUCAUGAGAGAUCAGUUCUUACUCACUCAGUCGAAACAUGUCAGAAUCACCAUCUUGCAGAGUGCCGAAGUCGGCAGAAAGUUGCUGCUCUCUUGCUACACUGGAGCACUUGAAGUUAAAAGGAAAGAACUCUUGAAAUAUUUGACUGCUGCUAGUUACCUUCAGAUGGUUCACAUUGUGGAAAAAUGCACAGAAGCUUUGUCAAAGUAUCUGGAAAUUGAUCUUUCUAUGAAAAACAACAGCCAGCACACUGACCUGUGUCAGUCCUCUGAUCUAGAUGUUAAGAAUGAAGAAGAUCGUUUGGAUAAAGACUGUGAGAUAAUUGAAAUUUCAGAAGAUAGUCCCGUCAGCAUGGAUUUCCACGUUAAAGAUGAGGAAAGCAACACUUUACAGACUACAAUAGAGAGUUUGACAUCAGAGAGCAAAGAAGCAACAUCACCAGAGCUGUCUACAGUAGACAUAGGUUUUAAAGACAAUGAAAUUUGUAUCCUUCGUGUGGAAUCUAUCAGUACAGAUAGUGUGGCUAAUGGGCAGUUUUCACAGCCUUGUACUUCUUCAAAAGCAAGCAUGUAUUUCUCUGAAACCCAGCAUUCACUGAUUAAUUCUACAGUUGAGAACAGAGUGACAGAAAUUCCUGGGAAUCAAGGCCAGAGCAUAUUUUGUGAGAAUUCAGAAAGAAGUCAGGGUACAGUGAAUGAGAUUCCGAGUCUGGAAGAAAGUUACUCACUAAGACACCAGUGCCCUAGGUGCCCUCGAGGCUUUCUUCAUGUUGAAAACUAUCUGCGCCAUCUCAAGAUGCAUAAACUCUUCUUGUGCUUACAGUGUGGAAAAACAUUUACACAGAAGAAAAACCUUAACCGGCACAUUCGAGGGCAUAUGGGCAUACGACCCUUUCAGUGUACUGUGUGCUUGAAAACCUUUACUGCCAAAAGCACCCUUCAGGACCACUUGAACAUACACAGUGGGGAUCGUCCAUACAAAUGCCACUGUUGUGACAUGGAUUUCAAGCACAAAUCUGCCCUCAAAAAGCAUUUAACUUCUGUCCAUGGUAGAAGCAGUGGUGAAAAAUUACCUAGGCCUGAUCUAACAAGGCAAGAUCUAUUAUAAUUAAAACCAUAUAUUUGGCUAUGUUAACCUUCUAUUAUUCUUUCAACCAAGUCUUUCUGUAGGAAUACCACAUUUGUAAUAUUGCAUUCCCUCUCCCACCCACCCUCUUGUCUUUGGGUCCUAUUUGGCCAGCCUGAUAAUAACAUAUACAGAUAUUAUCUUUUCUGAACUUCUACCGUUUCCCCGAAAAUAAGACAGCGUCAUAUUAAUUUUUACUCCCAAAGAUGCGCUAGGUCUUAU